GAUUACAAUAUCAAGAGGGCUUCAAGCUCUUGAAGAGCGUUUUGAGGAACACAGAAACUGUUGAGUUUAAUAAAACUUUUCAUAAUUUCUCUAUAAUACCGUUUCAUUACUCAUUAGUUCCCGGUCGAAGCAAAAGACCUCUACCCUUGUACCUUUGCCUUGCAGAGACCUCGUUCAAGCUCCAUCGCUCCACCGCCGGCGAGAAGGGCUGAGAUUCAGGGAUUCUCUCGCCUAACAGCAAAUCUGUUCUUAAAGCAACCUGAGAGUUUGAGACCAUACUCUGCUUUAUGUGGAGUUAGAGAGAGGGAAGAAGAGUCAGUUUGUUCCAGACCAAGCUCGUCAAUUUGUUCUGCAAAUUUGGUAGUUUACACGAAGCUGAUCGUGUCUUCUUUGUCGUUCUUCUGUCGAAUGAUGUAUGAUAGUGUUCAAACUGUUGUAUACAAUUUUACUUAUUUGUUGAAAGUUUGUGGUGAUAAUUUGGACGAUAGAAGGGGUAAGGAGAUUCAUUCUCAAUUGAUCGUUAAUGGGUAUGCAUCGAAUGUGUUCGCGAUGAAUGGUGUGUUAAACUUGUAUGCUCAGUGUAGAAUGGUUGAUGAAGCAAAUAAGAUGUUCGAUAGAAUGCCCGAAAAGAAUUUGGUAUGUUGGAACACUAUCAUUGCUGGGUAUACGCAAACGGGUUUGCGGAGAGAGCGUUGGAAUUGGUUUUACGGAUGCAAGAGGAAGGCCAUUGUCCUGAUUCGGUUACAAUAGUCACCAUUUAGCCUCUCUGAUGAUACUGGGUCCGUGAAGAUUGGAACAAUUGAUUCACGGUUAUGUUGUAAGAGUUGGGUUCGAAUCACUUGUAAAUGCAUCAACGGCUUUGCUCAACAUGCGUUCGAAGUGUGGGUCAGUGGGGAGUCGGGGACUGCUCGGGUAAUAUAUAAUAAUGUUUUCUUGGAAUUCCAUGAUUGAUUAAGAGGAAUGUUGGAAGAAUGACUAAAACCUACUAAUGCCACUGUUAUGGCAGCUCUACAUGCCUGACCUGAUAUGGGUGAUUUUGUGUAAGAGAGUUGAUGUUGCUGCUGGAAUAUUUGAGAGCUUAGCAAGAUAAAACCAUUGUUUCAUGGAAUGCAAUUAUAUCAGGGUAUGCACAAAAUGGGAAUGUAACUGAAGCUUAAAAAAAAAUCUCUUGAGCUCUUGUAAAAUCUUGAAAGUCAAACGAGACCUAAGUUGAAUUUAGUGGAUGUUUUGUAGCUGUGACAUAUUUGAUAGGAGAUCAUUGUAUAGUAGAAGGAGACAGCAUGUUAACCCAUUGGGUUUUUGACUGGACCACCCAGAAGGGGCCUGUCCAUUUGGGGACAUCCGAAGAAGUUGGAAAAAAAAGCCCAUGUAGGCCUAUUUGUGCUUGGCCUUCCUUCGCGCGCUCAACUCGGCUUCUCUUUCGAUUCAUCCCCCUACCUCCACUUCUCUCUCUCUCCAUCUGAUCAUUUGAUUCUCUCUCCUAACUCACUUCAUUUCAAUCACUGAAAAUCUCAUCACCACCUAACAAACCAAAACAUGCAUUUUUUCCGAUCCAAUCCAAUCCAAAGGUAGAUUAGCUUGUAAUAGUUUGGAUAAGGAUUGACUAGAUCAAGUUAAUAGCAAUAAUAUAAUGGAAGAAGAAGAAAAGCAAGAACGUGGAAAAAUUUCUGGGAAGGAUUUUGAUAUUCACAAAGAAUGCAGUGGUUUAGAUGGAAGUGUAGGAGCAUCUAAUACACAGUAUGUCGAUAUUAGCGGUGGUGGCACAGAUAUUAUAGUAAGUGAUAAUAUAGUUUUGCAAGGGGUUGAUAAUGUAACUAUAGCUGUGGAUGACAAUCAGUUUGAGCAGGUAUCUUUGAAGGAUCAAGAGAAGAAUGUUGUAGAUUUUCAGGGUGGUAAUAUAGAUGUAAAUAAAUGUUUUAGUUCAGAUAAUUUAACUUCAAAGUUUGAUUCUUCCUCAGUUGCUGAGGUGCACCAUGAUCACCAUAAUUUAAGCCCUGGGUGUGAGAGAGAAUCAUUCUCUCCUGUUGGUUCGCCAGAAAAGCCUAGGCCAAAACCUAUUAUGCCAAAUGUGUCCCCAGAACUCUUGCAUUUAGUGGAUUCUGCUAUUAUGGGGAAGCCUGAAAGCUUGGACAAACUGAAGAAUAUUGUAAGUGGUGCUGAGAUUUUUGGAAAUGGAGAGGAGGCCGAGAGUAUUUCUUUCUUAGUAGUUGAUUCACUUCUUGCCACAAUGGGAGGUGUUGAAUCUUUUGAAGAGGAUGAGGAUAACAAUCCUCCUAGUGUGAUGCUGAACUCCAGGGCCGCUAUUGUAGCUGGUGAGCUUAUUCCUUGGCUUCCUUGUUUGGGGGAUGUUGAGGGUCUCAUGUCUCCCAGAACUCGGAUGGUCAGAGGAUUGCUUGCUAUAUUGCGUGCUUGCACAAGAAAUAGAGCCAUGUGCUCUACAGCUGGUUUGGUGGGUGUUCUUUUGCGGUCAGCUGAGAAGAUUUUUGUUAAGGAUGUUAAUUCAACAGAGCAAUUGAGAUGGGACGGAACACCUUUAUGCUAUUGCAUCCAGUACUUAGCAGGCCAUUCGCUUAAUGUAAUUGAUCUCCGUAGCUGGUUUCAAGUCAUCACAAAAACACUUACCAGUGUAUGGGCAGCUCGUUUGAUGCUUGCUUUGGAAAAGGCCAUGGGUGGAAAGGAAUCAAGGGGUCCAGCGUGUACAUUUGAAUUUGAUGGGGAAAGCUCUGGUUUGCUUGGUCCAGGAGAGAGCCGUUGGCCGUUCACUAAUGGAUACUCUUUUGCAACUUGGAUCUACAUUGAAUCUUUUGCAGACACUUUAAACAGUUCAUCCACUGCUGCUGCAAUAGCUGCUGCCACUGCAGCCCAAUCAGGGAAAUCAUCAACCAUGUCGGCUGCUUCUGCCACCAGCGUACUUUCUGGUGAAGGCACAGCACACAUGCCACGGCUGUUCAGCUUCUUAUCUGCUGAUAAUCAGGGGAUGGAGGCAUAUUUUCAUGCUCAAUUUUUAGUGGUUGAAAGUGGAAGCGGCAAAGGGAAAAAGGCUUCCUUGCAUUUUACUCAUGCAUUCAAGCCCCAAUGUUGGUAUUUUGUUGGUGUGGAGCAUACUUCCAAGCAAGGGAUACUUGGGAAAGCAGAGAGCGAGCUAAGGUUAUACGUUGAUGGGUCCUUGUAUGAAAGUUGUCCUUUUGAUUUCCCAAAAAUUUCCAAGCCGCUUGCAUUUUGUUGCAUCGGGACUAGUCCUCCACCUACAGUGGCUGGUUUACAACGCCGUCAUCGUAACUGCCCUUUGUUUGCUGAGAUGGGACCCGUAUAUAUCUUUAGGGAGCCGAUUGGCCCGGAGAGGAUGGCUUGUUUGGCUUCUAGAGGAGGGGAUGUGCUGCCUUCUUUUGGUAAUGGGGCGGGGUUACCAUGGCUCGCAAAAAAUGACCGUGUGCGAAGUAUGGCAGAAGAAAGUGCACUUUUGGAUGCCGAAAUUGGAGAAAGCAUUCACCUUCUCUAUCAUCCCAUGUUGCUUACCGGGCGUUAUUGUCCUGAUGCUUCCCCUAGUGGUGCUGCAGGCAUGCUUCGAAGACCUGCUGAGGUUCUUGGGCAAGUUCAUGUUGCUACAAGAAUGCGACCCUUGGAGGCUCUGUGGGCCUUGGCCUAUGGAGGCCCCAUGUCUUUACUUCCACUGGUAGUGAGUAAUGUGCAUGAAAAUAGCCUGGAACCACAACCAGGGAAUCUUUCUUUGUCUUUGGCCACAACUUCUCUUGCUGGUCCGGUAUUUAGAAUUAUUUCCAUGGCCAUUCAACACCAUAGAAACAUUGAAGAAUUGUGCCGUACAAGAGGACCUGAGGUGUUGUCAAGAAUCUUAACUUAUCUUCUGCAAACUUUGUCUUUGCUUGAUGUUGGAAGCCGUGACGGAGUAGGAGAUGAGGAACUUGUUGCAGCAAUUGUCUCUUUAUGCCAAUCUCAGAAAAAUAACCAUGCUCUCAAAGUGCAGCUUUUCAGUACACUGCUGCUGGAUCUGAAAAUUUGGAGCUUGUGCAACUAUGGACUGCAAAAGAAGCUUUUAUCAUCACUUGCAGAUAUGGUUUUCACAGAGUCAUCUGUAAUGCGAGAUGCUAAUGCUAUUCAGAUGCUUCUUGAUGGCUGCAGGAGAUGCUACUGGACUAUUCAUGAAGAUGAUUCAGUGAAAACAUUUUCUCUGAAUGAGGCAACACGUCCUGUUGGUGAAACGAAUGCUUUGGUUGAUGAACUCUUAGUGGUUAUUGAGCUCCUUGUUGUAGCAGCUUCUCCUUCAUUGGCUGAGAACGAUAUCCGUUGUUUACUUGGGUUCAUGGUGGACUGUCCACAACCAAAUCAGGUUGCCAGACUGUUGCACCUGAUUUACAGGUUGGUGGUACAGCCAAAUACAUCUAGGGCUCACACAUUUGCGGAGGCAUUUGUAUCAUGUGGUGGGAUAGAAACACUUCUUGUCCUGCUGCAGCGGGAAGCAAAAGCUGGAGAUCAUGACAACCCAAACUGUUCAAUCGAGAAUGAUGAAACUUUAUCUAUUCAGGGAUCUGAACCAGACAAUAGUAGUGGUGUUCUGGAAAGUAAUCAUUUUGAUGAUGUACGAUCCCUCGAGGAAAAGAAAUUGACUUCGCAUGAAAUGGAUUUUGAACCAGAGUCUUUUAAUAGCGGUAGCAGCUCUGUUGGUAUUUCAGCAGGUGCAGAUAUUGGAAGGAUGGUGUCUGCCUCUGAGCAUCUUUUCAUAAAAAAUUUAGGUGGUAUAAGGUUUUCUAUAAGUGCUGACAAUGCAAGGAAUAAUGUCUAUAAUGUUGACAAAGGCGAUGGUAUUGUUCUUCGGAUUAUUGGUCUAUUAGGUGCUUUAGUUACAUCUGGGCAUUUGAAAAUUGGUUCACAGGCUCCUCCAGACCCAACGAACAACCUUCUGGGUUUGCUAGAGGGAGGUGGUACCAUGUUUGAUGAUAAAGUUUCUCUUCUACUCUUUGCUUUACAGAAGGCUUUCCAAGCAGCACCAAACAGGCUUAUGACUAGAAAUGUCUACAUGGCUUUAUUGGAUGCCUCGACAAAUGCUUCUUCAACAGAUGAUGGGCUCAACAUUUAUGAUUCUGGUCAUCGCUUUGAACAUUCACAGGUUUUGUUGGUUCUUCUGCGUUCACUUCCAUAUGCAUCAAGGGCGUUCCAAAGGCGAGCAUUACAGGAUAUUCUGUUUUUGGCUUGCAGUCAUCCGGAAAAUAGAUGUAGUCUUACUGAAAUGGAGGAAUGGCCUGAGUGGAUUUUGGAGGUUCUUAUUUCUAAUUAUGAGAUGGGUGCAAUAAAAGAUUCAAAUUCUACAAGCUUGGAAGACAUAGAAGACCUCAUACACAAUUUCCUAAUAAUCAUGUUAGAGCAUUCAAUGCGCCAAAAGGAUGGUUGGAAGGAUAUUGAAGCUACAAUUCAUUGUGCAGAAUGGCUUUGUAUGGUGGGUGGAUCUAGCACAGGAGACCAACGGAUCAGACGCGAGAAAUCAUUGCCUAUUUUUAAAAGAAAGCUGUUGGGUGCCUUGCUGGACUUUUCUGCCAGAGAACUGCAGGUUCAGACUCAAGUAAUCGCUGCAGCAGCUGCUGGUGUUGCAGCUGAGGGGUUGUCACCAAAAGAUGCUAAGGCAGAAGCUGAGAACGCUGCUCAGCUCUCUGUGGCUUUGGUGGAGAAUUCAAUUGUUAUUCUAAUGCUUGUUGAAGAUCAUUUAAGGUUACAAAGCAAACUUUAUAGUGCUUCACGUUUGCCCAUGGAUAAGCACUCGAAUGCAACUAUGAUUGGUGGGCAAUCUUUGGAAGCUUCAGCUGGUUACAAGUCACCGUCUAGUGAUUCCAGGGGACUCUCUCUUGAUGUACUUACUUCAAUGGCUGAUGCAGACGGCCAAAUUUCUACAGCAGUGAUGGAACAGCUUACUGCUGCUGCUGCAGCUGAACCUUACGAAUCUGUUUCUUGUGCUUUCGUGUCUUACGGGAGCUGUGCAAUAGAUUUAGCAGAGGGUUGGAAAUCCAGGAGCCGGUUGUGGUAUGGAGUUGGGCUUGCGUCAGAAACAACAGCCUUUGCUGGUGGUGGCAGUGGAUGGGAAUCUUGGAAAGCUGCUUUGGAGAAAGAUGCAAAUGGAAACUGGAUUGAACUUCCUUUAAUAAAAAAAUCAGUUGUCAUGCUCCAAGCUCUAUUAUUAGAUGAGUCUGGACUUGGUGGUGGUCUUGGUAUCGGAGGAGGAUCUGGUACCGGAAUGGGAGGCAUGACAGCACUUUAUCAGUUGCUGGACAGUGACCAACCAUUUUUGUGUAUGCUCCGAAUGGUUCUUGUUUCAAUGAGGGAAAAUGAUGAUGGUGAAGAUAGUAUGCUUAUGAGGAAUUUAAACAGUCAGGACGGAUUGACAGAGGGAUUACAUCAGCAAAUUGGCAACAUUGCUGGCAUAGAUAACAGUACUCAGACAUUAACAAGAAAACCACGAGCAGAGUUGCUGUGGAGUGUGCUCUCACCUGUUCUGAAUAUACCGAUUUCCGAGUCCAAGAGACAGAGAGUGUUGGUUGCAUCUUGCGUUCUCUAUUCUGAGGUGUGGCAUGCUAUCUGUAAGGAUAGAAUCCCGCUACGUAAACAGUAUCUAGAGGCAAUUUUGCCUCCAUUUGUUACUGUUUUGAGGAGAUGGCGGCCGCUUUUGGCAGGAAUUCAUGAACUUGCUACUGCAGAUGGUUUGAAUCCUCUUGUUGUCGAUGACCGUGCUCUGGCUGCAGAUGUGCUACCUGUAGAGGCCGCUCUUGCCAUGAUCACACCCAACUGGGCAGCCGCUUUUGCAUCACCUCCUGCUGCAAUGGCAUUGGCAAUGAUCGCUGCUGGUGCUGCUGGUGGGGAAACUACGACACGUGCAACACCUGCACAGCUUAGGCGUGACUCAUCGUUGCUUGAAAGAAAAACAACUAGGCUUCAAACUUUUUCAAGCUUCCAAAAACCUCUGGAUGCAGGUAGCAAAUCACCAGCUGCUCCAAAGGACAAGGCUGCUGCAAAAGCUGCUGCCCUUGCUGCAGCACGCGAUCUUGAACGCAAUGCAAAGAUUGGUUCUGGAAGAGGGCUUAGUGCUGUGGCAAUGGCCACAUCUGCCCAGCGGAGGAAUAAAAGUGAUAUGGAUCGUGUAAAAAGAUGGAAUGUUUCUGAAGCAAUGGGGACGGCCUGGAUGGAAUGCUUUCAGUCAGUUGAUACGAAAUCAGUCUAUAGGAAAGAUUUUAAUGCUCUAUCCUAUAAGUUUAUUGCUGUGCUUGUUGGAAGUUUAGCUUUAGGUAGAAACAUGCAACGAUCAGAGGUUGAGAGGCGAACACAAGUUGAUAUAAUAGCUCGGCAUCGUCUAUGUACUGGCAUACGUGCAUGGCGCAAACUCAUCCAUUGUUUGAUAGAGUUGAAAUGUCUUUUUGGGCCAUUCCAAGACCAUUUGUGCAAUCCUGAGCGUGUUUUUUGGAAGUUGGACAUUUUGGAAAGUUCUUCAAGAAUGAGGCCAUGUUUGAGAAGGAACUACAGAGGGUCUGACCAUUUAGGUGCUUCUUCAAAUUAUGAGGAUCAUAUGGAGAUGAAACAUGAUCAGGAGAAUGUCACGAGUCCAACUAAAGCCUCUAUUUUGGCAGCAGAAGCUAUCUCAAUUGAGGCUGUAAAUGAGGAUGAUGAGCAAGAAGAGAUUGAUAAUGUAGAGUGCAGGGCAGAUGACAUAGGAAAGCAUGAGGAGAUUCAGACAAGGUUGUCUGGAAUGGAUGAGCAACCCCUGCAGGCAUCAGUGGAAUCAACAGAUUCUGAACUUAUUAGUGAUGAAAACUUGGUGCAGAUUCCAUCAGUCGUUGCCACUGGCUAUGUUCCCGCUGAACUUGAUGAAAGAAUUGUUCUUGAGCUUCCAUCUUCAUUGGUCAGGCCAUUAAAGGUUUUACAAGGAACAUUUCAAAUAACAACCAGGAGAAUCAAUUUUAUUGUUGAUAAUUCUGAGAGAACGGGGUAUGGAUUGGACUGCAAUUCAGAAAGUAGAGUUCAGGAAAAAGAUCAGAGCUUGUUGAUGUCUUCCCUUCAUCAAAUUUUCAGCAGAAGAUACCUCCUGAGAAGAAGUGCUCUGGAAUUGUUUAUGGUUGACCGGUCAAACUUCUUCUUUGAUUUUGGGAGUACUGAGGGGAAAAGAAAUGCAUAUCGAGCUAUUGUUCAAGCACGUCCUCCACAUUUGAACAAUAUUUACCUGGCCACUCAGAGACCUGAGCAACUUCUAAAGAGAUCUCAACUUAUGGAGCGUUGGGCUAGGUGGGAGAUCAGCAAUUUUGAAUAUCUAAUGCAGCUUAAUACACUUGCUGGACGCGGUUAUAACGACAUCACUCAGUAUCCUGUUUUCCCAUGGGUUCUCUCUGAUUAUAGUUCAAAAAGUUUGGAUCUUGCCAACCCUUCUUCUUACCGAGAUCUUUCAAAGCCCAUUGGAGCAUUAAAUGCUGAUCGGUUAAAGAAAUUCCAAGAGAGAUACUCCAGCUUUGAUGAUCUAGUCAUCCCCAAGUUCCAUUAUGGUUCACAUUAUUCAAGUUCCAGAAUAGUGUUGUAUUAUCUUAUUAGAGUUGAGCCAUUUACUACUCUUUCAAUUCAACUACAAGGUGGUAAGUUUAACCGUGCAGACAGAAUGUUUUCUGAUAUUGCUGCUACUUGGAAUGGAGUUCUUGAGGACGCAAAUGAUGUAAAGGAAUUGGUUCCUGAGCUCUUCUACCUCCCAGAGAUCUUAACCAAUGAGAACUCAAUUGACCUUGGUACAACACAACUUGGAGAAAAUCUUGAUUCUGUCAGACUUCCUCCAUGGGCAGAAAAUCCAGUUGAUUUCAUUCGUAAGAACCGAAUGGCACUUGAGAGUGAGCAUGUUUCUGCGCAUUUGCAUGAAUGGAUUGAUCUCAUAUUUGGGUAUAAACAACGAGGAAAAGAUGCUAUAUCGGCAAACAAUGUUUUCCUUAACAUUACCUAUGAGGGGACAGUGGAUAUUGAUAAAGUUUCGGACCCAGUACAACAGCGUGAUACACAAGAUCAGAUUGCAUACUUUGGACAAACCCCAUCCCAACUGCUUACCGUUCCUCACUUGAGAAAGAUGCCACUAGCAGAUGUUCUUCACUUGCAGACCAUCUUCCGAAACCCCAAAGAAGUCAAGCCAUAUGUUAUUCCCUCUCCUGAACACUGCAAUCUGCCUGCUGCUGCCAUUCAUGCAUCUUCAGAUUCUGUCGUAGUUGUUGAUAUAAAUGCCCCAGCAGCACAUGUUGUGGAGCACAAGUGGCAGCCAAACACACCUGAUGGCCAGGGAACACCAUUUGUUUUCCAACAUGGAAAACCCAGUGCAAGCUCCGCCGGUGGAACAAUCUUGCGAAUGUUCAAAGGACAAAGUGCCUCUGGUUCAGGGGAUUGGCAUUUUUCCCAAGCUGUUGCAUUUGCAACAUCUGGAAUCAAAAGCUCAGCUGUUGUUUCAAUCACGCAUGAGAAAGAGAUUAUUACUGGUGGGCAUGUGGAUAAUAGUGUGAGAUUGAUAUCAUUGGAAGGAGCAAAAACCUUGGAAACAGCCCUAGGACAUUGUGCUCCAGUUACUUGUGUGGCUCUAUCAACUGAUGGCAACUACCUUGUGACGGGAUCCCGAGACACUACAGUCCUACUCUGGAGGAUAAAUCGGGCAUUAACAUCUCACUCCAGCAGCAUACCAGAGCCUUCCACUGGAUCAGGCACACCAACUUCAACCAGCAGUAAUACUUUUGCAAAAAUAUCUACAGACAAAAGCAGGAGACGCCGUAUUGAAGGUCCCAUACAUGUCCUCCGGGGCCAUCUUGGGGAAAUAAUAUGCUGCUUUGUCAGUUCAGAUCUUGGAAUUGUGGUCUCAUGCUCCAACUCCUCAGAUGUUUUGCUGCAUUCAGUAGCAGGGGGUCGCUUGAUAAGAAGGCUGAUUGAUGUGAAGGCCCAUAUGGUCUGCCUUUCAUCUGAUGGAUUAAUAAUGGCUUGGGACAAAUCACUCCAUAUUCUCAGCACAUAUACUCUUAACGGGACUCUGAUUGCUAGGGCACAACUUCCUUUCUCCAGUAGUAUUAGCUGCAUGGAAGUUUCUGUUGAUGGACAGAGCGCUUUGAUUGGAUUGAGCUCACAAAAGUCAGGGAUUGAACAUCUUGAUACAGAAUCAGGUGAAACAAGUGAAGACAACAGAUUGAUUAUUCCGUCACCUUCAGUUUGCUUCCUUGAUAUGCAUACUCUAAAGGUAUUCCAUACAUAUAAACUGGCUGAAGGGCAAGAUAUCACAGCUAUGACUCUAAACAAGGAUAACACAAAUCUUUUAGUUUCAACUGCUGACAAACAAUUGAUAAUUUUCACUGAUCCUGCUUUAAGUAUGAAGGUGGCAGAUCAAAUGCGAAGCAGCUAGGAUGAGAAGGAGACGAGUUCAGCCCCCUCAUAAAAUGAAUGUUUCUGAACCAUUGAGAUUUUUGUUUGUUGAAGAUCACGGAAGUUUAUACGCUGUAAAUACAAUUCAAAUGGAUACAAAAAUAACACAGAUUGAUAGCCGUUUCAGAAGUCAAAUCUGAUUGCUUGACUUGCAAUCUGCAGCCCUCUUCUUGGGUGUAAAUAUGUAUCCUAAAGUGUAAGAACACUGUAUAUAACACGAUUGUAAGUUUUUCGCUCUUGAGACUGGAUACAUAAUGGUCUUUGUGCUGUUUGUUUUUGUCCAAUUUUCUUGGUAUCAAAGUA